CGCCCAGCCACGUUAUUGGAUUACGAAACUUUGAAACGUAGGCUUCGUUCAAAUUGGUACGAAGCAUUCGUAUUAUUUUUCUAAAAAUCAGAUGGCAGAAGCAUCAUCUUUAUGGAAAUGGKUAGCAUUGUUUUUMAUCGUACUAAGCCUCKGUUUACUUAUUGCACUUAUUGUCACGGCAACUAAAGAUGAUGGUAGCAGUCACAAAAACACGAAGACCUCCCAAGCUCAAGUUUGUGGUGUUCAUAGCUCACAUCCAAGUAUUAGUAAUAAAAUAUCAUCUUCGACUGGUCUGUUCGACGAUUUGACACCAGACGAGAUGAACAAAGUGUACAAAUACAUGCACUCUGUCAAGUCACUCCAACUAAAAUCGAGCAAAGAAGGUCAACUCAGCGACAAUGUCAUCGCUCUUAUCAAGUUCUACCCGCCGUCUAAAGAUGCAGCCUUGGCUUAUUUGGAUGAAGGCAAAGAAAAGCCAGAGAGACAGGCUAUUGUUGUGGUAUUCAAAGGAGCGGCUCAGCCCCCAAUAGUCGAGGAAUACCUUGUUGACCCAGUAUCUGCACCGAAUAAACACGAGCUGCUGAGAGUAGACGGUCGGUCUUAUCCUAUCAACUUCGACGCAAGAAUGGCGUUUUCACCACAAGAAGAACUAGUAAUCCACAAUGAGAUCGUUCUACCAAUGGGUAUAAAACUCCAUCGUCUUUUGAAUGAGAGUUAUGAUGGGUACACUAUUGUCAACUGUACUGAUAAGUGCUUAAUUCCAAACUUGUCCGCACCACUAGGUUUAACUAGUGAUACGAGAGAUAAUUGGUACGCUUUGGCCCGUUAUAAUGUAGCUUUUUACUUACACCCUUUAAACUUUGAAUUUUAUUUGAAUCACGCGGGAAGCAACUCGUCAAAAUGGCGCAUAGAAAAGUUGUUGUACAAUGGACAACUUUUUAAUUCCACCGAAGAUCUAUCGAAUGCAUAUGUCGAGGGAAGACUCGUCAAGACAUUUAUUCCAGCUCCUAAGGAAAAGGAC